AUGACCAAUGAGGCUUCAAACGGCGAGCGAAUCCUCGUCCACGCCGACUCCGGCUGGUUCUCCGACAUUGCCAAGUGGCUUUUCAAGGAGUUCAGGAAGCAAGGUUAUCCAAUCACGUUCAUCACGGCUCCAAAUUGGGUGUUGAAGCUGUACGCCAAGCUCGGCAUCGACCCGAUCGUCGAAGCCGUGCUGCCAAGAGUUGGGCCAGAACUGCGUUUUGAUAACACGAAGUCGAAACAACUCCUGAACAUCUCCUACAUGGAUGUCCGACAAUCCGUGAUCGACAUGAUCUACUCCAUGAUCGAGCACGACAUGAUCAGAGUCCCACCAAAAAUCAUCGCCAUUCAG